UGUAUUAAGUGGGAGUCGGUAUAGAUUAAGUGCUGAUUCUUACAGUCUGACUGGUAUAGUUCGAGGUAUAUAAUAGAACUGUCAUAGUGUCUAAGCGAGUUAGUUAAAUUUCAAAUUUCUGUCCAUCAACAUCUUUUCUUCUCUCCACCAUGUUUGGCUUGUCCAAGAAAACAAUAGUAAUCGGAGUCGCUGGACUUGCUGUUAUUAUUAUUAUCAUUACGGCAUGUGUUAUUUUUUUGAAAAACUUCGAAGAAAUAAGAAAAGAAGAUAAUUCGGAAAAAAAUUCAAGAUUUGUCAGUUCGUCGUACCUGGGAAAAUAUCAAAAGGCCGCGGUAUCAACUAAUGGAGUAGAAUGCGCGGAAAUAGGAAAUAAUAUGCUACUGAAAAAUGGUUCUGCUGUCGAUGCUGCAAUAGCGGCAUUGUUGUGCGAAGGAGUCGCAUCACUUCAUAGUAUGGGAUUGGGAGGUGGAUUUUUGAUGACAAUAUGGGACGCUAAAACUGGACAAGCGGAAUUCCUUAAUGCUAGAGAAACUGCGCCAGCUAAAGCUACAAAGAAUAUGUAUGGUGGCAAUGCUACUUCUUCUAUGUACGGUGGAAAAGCUGUAGCAGUUCCGGGAGAAUUAUUAGGGUACUGGGAAGCUCAUAGAAAAUAUGGAAGACUUGAUUGGGCAGAUUUAUUCACACCUACAAUUGAACUUUGUGAGCGAGGAGUUCCAGUGAAUGGUUAUCUUGCUCAAGUAUUAUUACGUAAAAUAUCUUAUAUCAAAGCUGAGCCGACUUUAGCUGAAAUUCUUAUCGAUCCGCGAACUAAUUCAACAUGGGCGGUCGGAGACAGAAUAAAGAGACCGAGACUAGCAGAAACUUUGAAGGUGAUAGCUAAAUACAAUGUCAGUGUCUUUUACAAUGGGAGUAUAGGUGAAGAAAUCGUAAAAGAGAUUCAAGGCUUUGGUGGAAUUAUUGAAAUGAAUGACUUACGGAAUUACAGGGUUGAAUGGAAGAAGCCGAUAACGUCAAAGCUCGGUAAUUUAACAAUUCAUUCGGCAGCAUUACCCGGUUCAGGAGUAAUAUUAACAUUUAUACUUAACGUACUCGAAAAGUUUCUUCCUAUGGGCAUUAGCGAAGAAAUAUUCUGGCAGCGUAUCGUAGAAACAUUCAAAUGGGCAUACGCUCACCGUACAGAACUAGGCGACGAUAAUUUUGUUGAAUUAGAUGACUUAAUUACCAAUCUAACGUCCAAGAGUUAUGCCGAAGGAAUCCGUGAAAAAAUAAAAGACUACUGGACAAGUAAUGAUCCCAAGUUCUACGGAGCAGUCACGGAUACUCCGAUAGACUCUGGAACUGCACAAGUAUCCGUAUUGGCUCCUGAUGGUUCAGCGGUAUCUGUAACAUCAACAAUCAAUCAAGUAUUAGGAGCAAUGAUACGAUCCAAGUCUUCAGGAAUAAUAUUCAACGAUCAAAUGGAUGACUUUAGUUCGCCAAACAUAACUAAUGGAUUUGAUUUACCUCCUUCACCAGCUAAUUUCAUAGUGCCCGGCAAGAGACCUCUCAGUUCAAUGACUCCCACGAUCGUUGUCGAUAAAACGGGAGAGGUCCAACUAGUGUUGGGAGCAGCAGGAGGUACAAAAAUAACAACUGGAAUAGCAUCGACAAUGAUUUUGAACCUCUGGCGCGGGUAUAACAUCAAAGAGGCCGUAGAUGCGAGACGGCUCCAUCAUCAAUUGCUACCAAUGAGGCUUGAAGCUGAGCCAAAUUUUCCCAAAAAAAUACUGGAAUUUUUGACGGGUCUAAAGCAUAACGUCUCUUAUUACGGAGGUUUAGGAAGCGCAGUGACGGCGAUAUCUAAAAUAAACCAUCCAGGUGUGACUGCAAACUCCGAUUAUCGUCGAAUUGGAUCAAUAGCUGGCUUCUAAUUAACCUCAAGCUAAUUUUAUCAGUCAUGAUAACGUAUUAUUAUCCUUUUGUUAGAUACUGUACAUAUUUUAGUCACUCCAUUCAGUCAUUCAUUCAUUUAUUAUACCAUUUAAAAGCU